AUGGCUGUUCCCCCUGCGGGAGGCGGCUCGAACACCAGCGGCGGCAGCAGCAGCAAUAACACCAGCAAUAAUAAUAAUAACACUUCCUCCUCCACGAACUACUACAACAACUACAGCAGCAGCGGCGAGGUAAAGCACUACAACUACAACCAUCACUACCAGUAUACUCCGCCCACUCUUGUCUCGGCCGUCGACUUCAAACAUGUCUUCCUCCCUCACGCACCUAUGAUGUCGAUACCAGCGAUAGAUCCGGUCCCUGCUGGCGGCGGCUCGGCCUCCUCUCCCACUCCCAACACAGAUUACACCACAUACCCGCUCGGCAAGCAGAAUGGACGGACCUACUUUCGCGAUCCGGAUAGCACCUAUCCGCUGCCCUGCGACGUGCCCGAGAUCCACCGCCAGUCUCUGCACUCCCUCAUCAUCAUGACCGUCUGGGGCGGGCCGUUCUGCUCCCCUACUACCGCGGAUAACCCGCCCAAAAAGGUGCUGGAGCUGGGCUGUGGCUCCGGCCUGUGGACGAGUGCGUGCCAUGAGUACUUUGCCAACCGCGGACAGGCAGAUAUCUCCUUUACGGGGCUGGACAUCAUCAGCCUGGCGCCGGAGCUGCAGCAGAAGCAAGGCAUCGACUGGCAGUUCAAAAAACAUGACCUACGGAAAAACGCCGCCCUGCCGUUUGCUGACGAGAGCUUUGAUUUCGUUUUUAUCAAGGAUGUCUCGCUCUGUGGGCCCACGUCGGAUCUCAAAGCGGACGGGACGUUGUCGGAGCCGUUGCGGGUGCUCAAAUCAGGUGGCGUGCUGGAAAUGUGGGAUUCUGAUAUGGUCUACAGGACGCUGCUGCCUAACCCGCCCGUGGCUCCCGGGAAGCUGUCCGAAGAGUACCAGGAACAGGCUGAGAUUACCGGUACAUACACCAUCUCGUCCGCCACUCCCUUCACGAACGCCCAGAACAAAUAUCUAAACGACUACAACACCUGGAUCCAAAAGGCCUUUGACGCUCGCAGGCUCAACACCAUGCCCUGUGCCACUAUCGGGCUCGCCUUCUCGUCGGAGGCUGACUCGUUUCAGAGUUCCGGCAGCAGGCGGGUUGCCAUCCCGCUCGGGGAAGUAAAAUGGGAGCAGAAACAGAACGGCAAACCCCUGACGGCCGACCAGAUGGCCCUGCGUCAGACAACCCUGCUUACCGUCGUGCAGCUGAUCGAGAGCAUGGAGCCCUUGCUCAUGGAAGCCAGCGGCAAGGGCCAGGCAGAGUGGGAUCGCUGGUGGACUGGCAUGACCACCGAUCUGAUGCAGAAGGGAGGCGUCGCCAGCGGUGAGUGCCUGGAAGUCGGUGCCUGGUGGGGGCGAAAGAAGUAG